AUGGGUCAACAACCAAGCUCUCCCGUACCGGGGACCAAAUUCAGAGUCAUAGGCGCUGGGAUGUCUCGCACAGGAACCAAAAGCUUCAACGAAGCGCUGCGGAUCCUCCUCGACGGGCCGGUGCACGACUCCGGCAUCCAGUCGUGCGCGGGCAGCCGCCGCCAGCGGCACCAGUGGCUGGAGCUGAUGGAGCUGGCGGUGGACUGUCGGACCGUGUCGGACCGCAAGCGCAUCGAGUGGCUGCUGGCCGACCUGCUCGAGGGCUACACGUCCACCAUGGACAUACCGGCGAACAUGAUGUACGAGGAGAUCCUGAGCGUCUUCCCCGAUGCCGUCGUCAUCUGCACCACGCGCGACGCCGUGCCAUGGGCCAUCAGCAUGUGCCGCCUCGCCGACUCGCUCUCCAUGUUCUACGUGCCUUGGGUCGCCUACUGGCUCCCCGGCGUCGGCUACUUCUCGAGAUGGAUGGACCUGCAGAAGCGGCUCAUGGCCCUGCGGCUGGGCUACGACGACUACCGCGUCGAGAGCAUCCGGGACCACGAGAACACCCUUAAGAAGGUCAUCCCACCCGAAAAGCUCUUCUUCUACCGGGUCAGCGACGGAUGGGAGCCUCUGUGCAAGAUACUCAACCUGCCGGUUCCCGACGUGCCCUUCCCUCACAACAACAAUACGACCGACGCCCAGGGGACUGUGAACGAGAUUCUGGUGAUGGGACUUUUGGCUUGGACAGGAAUUUUGGCCGGUUUCGGUGCUGCCGCGUGGUUAGCCUGGAGAGCUUUCUCCUACAGGUCCUGA